CGCGGCCGCAGGAACGGCGAGGUUUAUAGUAUACCUUCCCUUUCCCUCGUUACGGCGGCUGGUCUCGCUUUCUCCACCCACAGUGCAUCAUCAUCAUGCUUUCAGUUUUCACGUCACUGGCGGGCGCUCUUUUGUCGUGUUUGUUUUAUUCUGUGGCUGUUCGAGGGGCCUCUUCUUUUUCUGUUGACGUUCGGGGACACGGAGUGAGGCUCGUCGAUGGUCCUAUUGCUGGUGGGAGCGUCGGGGUGACGACUUCCGAUGGUCUUUCAUACACGACAAACAUCACUCUUGGAGGGCUGAACCUGACCGUCAUCCUUGACACGGGCUCGUCCGACCUUGUCUUGGAUCUUCAAGGUCGCCAGCCGAUUUUGACGAACUCGACGGACAUCCAGAUCACGCAAGCAUUCGGGAAAGGCGAGGUUACUGGCGACAUCGACUUCGCAGAGCUCAAGCUCGGCGACUUCACCAUAGACUCGCAGGCCUUCCUCAAUGGGGUAGAGUCGGCAGAUCUCGGCGACACGGACGGCAUCUUAGGAAUGAGCUUCAAUACCGACUCGACCAUUCAGGGGCAACUCGCAGAGUCCCUGGGCGAACAGGCCGCCAACAAGCUGGGCAACACCCCGAUGCCCGCGCUCUUCGCGCAAGACACGGACCUACCCCACCUGUUCGACGUGCAGCUCGCGCGCACGAGCGAGCUCGAGUCCACUGCGCCCGGCGUGUUCAUCAUCGGCGGCCACGACACGAACUUUCAGAACGUGUCGAGCGCGCCGCAGCUGCCGAGCGUUGCACCGAACCAUUGGUCCCUUGUUAUGGACUCAAUGAAAGUCAAUGGCAAGGCGUUCACGUUCAACGCGUCGCGCAUCGCUGGGGUACCCUCGGGGAAGGUCGUCGCUGCGCUCGAUACUGGUUUCUCUCUCCCGCCGCUGCCUGCGCCUGCUGUGGACGCCAUUUACUCCAGCAUCCCUGGUGCCGCGUUCGACGCCGAAGGUCAGCAGUGGUUCGUGCCGUGUGAUGCGAGUACCACGCUGUCGUUUGUGUUCGGGGGUCAAGAGUUCUUCGUCCACCCACUCGACUUGUCAUAUCCCAUCGCGGGAACCAUCAAUGGCGCGAAGAGGACGGCCUGCUUGAACACGUACCAGUAUCUCACGCUUGAUCCCGACGACUUCACCGGCUUCGACCUCAUCCUGGGCGAUGCGUUCCUGCGCAACGUCUACGCGUCAUUCAACUACGGCGAGUCCAGCAGCUCCCAAGCAUUCGUUCAGAUGGUCACGACGACCCCGGACAUGACGACGGCGCUGCAGGAAUUCAAAACCGAGCGCGCGGCGACUCUCUCCCAGCUUCCCCCCACAGUCGAGCCUUCUGCCAUCGUCAACCGUUCUGUCACGAAUGGCUCCCGGAAGAGCAGCGUAUUUGGUGCUUCAGUUAUCACACUCGCUAUCCCGUUGUUCUCGUUACUCUGUUUGCUAUAUUAGGAUUACCAGCGCGCGGACGUUUGCUAGCGAGCACGGACUUUUCAUGUAUUUAUUCGCAUUCAUACGUAGAGACUUACAUCUUCA